UCACUCCCUUUAUUUAAUCAAAACUUGGUUGCAAAGAAAAUGACCUUGACCAUCGAGGUUCGGUGAUGAUAUUAUUCCCACACCCAAUCUCCCUUGAAGCAUACAAUUCAAACAGAACCACAAUCACACCCUUUCCUCUCUUAUCUCCCAUUCAUCUCCCUAACCACGACAACAGCAAAAAAUAAUGCUAGACCCUGGCACAAAAUUCCCAGAUAACCUGCAAGUCCAUUCAAGGGACAGUUUUAAUUAUCACGGUGUCCUGAGUUAUGGUGUUCUGACGAGAAAAACAGCGGAGACAUAUUACAAUCACCAUGGUUGGAAUGAUAUGGGGAUGCUUGGAGCUCAAAGAAGGGAUGUACAGGGUGAGGACUCUGGGGUUUGUUCACCUCCCUUGUGGAGGACGAGUCCACCUAGAAGCCCCCAGCAUCGCAGAAAUCAUUACCGGAGUCUUUCUCCGUCAUCAAGAGCUCAAGCUAUUGCUAGGGGCCAAAAGGAGCUCACGGAGAUGGUAAGUAGAAUGCCUGAGGGAUGUUAUGAGCUAUCUUUAAGAGAUCUUGUGGAGCAGCCAAUGGUUGUUGGUGAUGUUAAAGAAGAAAGGCUUAGUGAAGAUGCUUUAAGAAGGGGGAAAGAGAAGAAGAAAAAGAUUGAAAAGAAAGUGCAAAUGAAUAGAAGUGGAAGCGUAAACAAUGAAGGGUUUCUUCUGAAGAUGGUGUUUCCAUUUUCUUUUGGUUCAAGAAAGAAGAAAAAAAAUAUCAAUAGUCCUCAGACCAUCAAUAACAGUUCAAAGGAUGGAAGGGUUUCUCCAAGGCCUUUUCUAUUUGAUAAUGGAUCUGAAAAAACUGUCGAUGAAGAGUGGUGGAAGAAUAAAUUCCGGCAAUCUAAGGACAGUGAGAAUGGUGCUGGAUUGACCACCAGUAAUAGUGGAAGCUCAAAAAGCAGCGGCAGCAGCAGCAGAAGCAGCAGAAAGAGCAGCAGCAGGAACGGAAGAGGUGGUUGCUGGCCUUUCAUUUUCUCCAAGAAAGGCAAAGCAGCAGGAUGAAUGAUAUAAUCUUGCAUGGAUCAGAAUGUGUUUACAUGAAAUGCUUUUGGCAUCCCUUUUCCUUCUGAUGUUGAUAUUAAAGGCGGAAUAAACGUUAUUAAUGGCAGCCAAGAUUUCCUUUGUAGAAUAAUGUAUAUCCUUUCGCUGAUGCUUGAAGAAUCUGCUACGAUUUUUCUUAAUCGCUCUGUUCUUCGAGUUCUAUCCCGACUUGCAAACCAUACCUGAGUGUAUGUAAUGAAACAUAUUUUUUGAUAUUGGGAAUGCUUCAGCUUGGAUAAUUUGUUGAA